UGAGCAACAUUUGAAAAAUAAAAUCCUUCUUUAGACACUUGGAGUUGGGGCUGCUUUCACCGUGUUUAGAUUAUUUCUUAUUCACUAAAAUUGAUAUCCUUCUCUUCCUUUAAUUUUUCACUACAUAACACUGAGUAAUAUAUACAUAGAAAUGGGAGGUGCAGGCAGCAAAGCAAUAGUAUGAAAAAUGGAGGAAAUUAGUGUGGAAAAUUCAGGAGAUUUUCCGAUAAUCGACGUCUCUCUCCUGCAGCAGAAUCCUGUGUCCAAGUCCAUGGUUGUCAAGAAAAUCGAUGAAGCUUGCCGCAGAUAUGGUUGCUUCCAUGUAAUUAAUCAUGGUGUGGAUGAUUCAGUGAUAGAAGAAGCUUUAAAUGUGAACAGGAAGUUCUUCGAGCUGCCGCCGGAAAUAAAGGAGGAGCUUUUCUCAGAUGACGUGAACAAGGUGGUGAGAUUUCGUAAAGAAGAAGUGGGGGGUUAUUCCAGGGAUUUCCUCAAACUAUAUGCUCAUCCGCUUCAUCAAUUUCUCUCCUCUUGGCCAACCCUCCCUCUUCUUUAUAGGAAAAAAAUGGGCUUGUAUGCCACAGAGGUGAGGAAACUAAGCAUUCAACUCUUUGGAGCCAUAAUGGAGACCUUGCACUUAAGUGAAACACAUCUCAAACAAAAUUUUGAACAAGGCAUCCAAAUUCUUGGCAUAAAUAGCUUUUCUCCAUGCUCAAGAUCAAACAUAACGCCUGGUUUAUCUCCACACUCCGAUCACAGCUUGAUAACCGUUCUUCUCCAGAGUGGGCCGGGACUUGAGGUCAUCGAGUGUGGGGGGUCGUGGAAGAAUGUUCCUCGCCUCAAAGGGUCGUUCCAAGUGCUCGUCGGAGAUCAUUUGGAGGUGCUAAGCAAUGGCUUGUACAAGAGUGUGUUGCAUAGAGCAAUCCCAAGUUGUAGUGAUGCUAGGUUGUCUAUAGCCAGUUUUCAUAGCCUAGGAAUGGAUGAAAUAGUUGAGCCUUCUGGAGAGCUGGAGAAUGAAGGGAGAUAUAGGGGGAGCAGCUUAAGGGACUUUCUCAAUCAUCUUGCUUCUGGAGAUACAAGGCCUUUCAUUGAGACACUGAGGAUCACUCAAAUGGAAUCAUGAUGAUCUUCGGUUUGAUUUAUGUUAACGUAAAUUACAAAGGCUCUUUUGAGAUUUGUUAUAAUUAUAAAUACUCUUUUAUUGUUUAAAAAAUUACAAAUACCCUUUUAGAAUUAACCGCCGUCUAACAAAUACUGCCUCGUAAAAGUCCAUUUUGAAGGGUAUUUGUUAGUUGAUCGUUAAUUUCAAAGAGAUAUUUAUAAUUUUUCAACAACUAAAAAAUAUUUGUAAUUACAACAAAUUUUAGGAAAACCACUUAUAAUUUACCCUUUAUGUUAUCGUAGGAACUCUUGAUGGCAACAAUAUUUGAUUAUGAUGUAAGUUUAUUUAGUUGUGUCUGUAACAUCAAAUGAGCGUCCGUUUGGUAUUAUUU